AUGGACGUACAAGGCUUUCUCUACAACGGCAGUUUCAACACCUCAUUUCCUGAUCACAAUUUAAUUUUAUUCGUCGAUGACUCUACUGAUGACUUGCAAUUUAUACUAGCAAAUUGUUUUCAACAAACAAUAAAAUAUACUCUAUUUGUCACCACUUAUGAAGCGACUACAAUAGGAUCUUUUGCAAUUACUGCAUCUGGUCCGGCAAUGAUUGCAUUUUCGAAAACCGAAGGCCCAAGAACGGAAUUGCAAGUAACCUCAAAUUAUUCGUCAUCUUUAACAAGCAAUAGUGAAUCUUAUACUAGGCCAACUACGCCGCAUGGAUCAAUCUUUUAUUAUCAAGCCAUUGAAAUAAGCGUAUCGGUGACAGGAAUUUAUCUUAUUCAGUCUAAUAGUCAUUUAGAUACGUACGGCUAUCUUUACGAUAAUAAUUUCAAUCCUACAAGUCCAAAUGAAAAUAUUCUUUUAUCAAAUGAUGAUGGUGGUGGUAAUCAACAAUUCUUACUUACGAUUGUUCUUCAAGCCGUGCACAAGUAUAUUCUGAUUGUAACAACAUAUGGUGUAGGUGUCACAGGAACAUACUCGAUCGUAGGCUUAGGUUCAAAUACAAUCCUUUUUUCAUCAGCUAAUAGAACGGUAAUUCAAUCAAACUAUUCAUCCUAUUUAACAAUCUACAGUCAAUCAUUCGUUCGUCCAUAUGCGCUAACACAAUCAGCAUAUUAUUAUGAGGCUAUUGAAAUUCGAGUAUCAGUGACAGGAUUGUAUGGUAUUCGAUGUCAUAGUCUCGUGAAUACAUAUCUCUCUCUAUACAAUACGACUUUUAAUCCUGCAGCACCAUAUGAAAAUCUAGUCUACUAUGAUGAUACAAGUGGAAACAGCGGCCAAUCCACGUUCACAUAUGAAUUUGAAGCUAUGAUAAAAUAUAUUUUAGUUGUAACAACUUAUGACCCAGGAGUGAGUGGACUGUUAUCACUAGAUGGAUUUGGUGAUGGAUCGAUUAAUUUUGUUCCAGUAAAUAUGUUCAGUGAGUGCUCGCAUAUACUCAACGAAGAGAAGUUUUCAAUUCUUUUUCUCUUCAUGAAUUUAGAUGAUUCAUCGAAAGUCGAAUCGAUGUAUUCAUCAUCUUUGACAACGAACAGUCCAUUGUUUUGUCGUCAAGGUGUUUGUCCACAAUCAACAUAUUUCUAUGAAGCCAUUCAACUCAAUGUAUCAACAACUGGAAAAUACAUGUUUUUGAGUUCAAGCCUUAUGGAUACGUAUGGAUAUUUGUACGACAAUGAUUUCAAUGCUUCUUUUCCAGCCUUACAUAAAUCAGCUGCAAAUGAUGAUGCCGGUACCAAUCAUCAAUUUAUGUUAGUAGUUGUUCUGGAGUCUAUGAGAAAGUAUAUUUUGGUUGUUACAACAUACUAUCAAAAUGUAACGGGAUCUUUCUCAAUCUUAUGUUUGGGCAACGAUCAUGUCAAUUAUGUGAAUCUCCAACAACCUUGA